CAGUGUGUGUGUAGCUCAGCCCUCAGUGUGCUGCUGUCAGUGUGUGUGUGUGUGGCUCAGCCCUCAGUGUGCUGCUGUCAGUGUGUGUGUGGCUCAGCCCUCAGUGUGCUGGUGUCAGUGUGUGUGUGGCUCAGCCCUCAGUGUGCUGCUGUCAGUGUGUGUGUGUAGCUCAGCCCUCAGUGCGUGUGUGUGGCUCAGCCCUCAGUGUGCUGCUGCUGUCAGUGUGUGUGCUCAGCCCUCAGUGUGCUGCUGUCAGUGUGUGUGUGUAGCUCAGCCCUCAGUGUGCUGCUGUCAGUGUGUGUGUGUAGCUCAGCCCUCAGUGCGUGUGUGUGGCUCAGCCCUCAGUGUGCUGCUGUCAGUGUGUGUGUAGCUCAGCCCUCAGUGUGCUGCUGUCAGUGUGUGUGUGUAGCUCAGCCCUCAGUGUGCUGCUGUCAGUGUGUGUGUAGCUCAGCCCUCAGUGUGCUGCUGUCAGUGUGUGUGUAGCUCAGCCCUCAGUGUGCUGCUGUCAGUUUGUGUGGCUCAGCCCUCAGUGUGCUCUGUCAGUGUGUGUGUAGCUCAGCCCUCAGUGUGCUGCUGUCAGUGUGUGUGGCUCAGUCCUCACUGUGUUCCCCUAUGACAGCCAGCUCUCAGCGCUCUAUCACAGCACGCUGCCCCACAUACCCCCCCGCCCUCGCGCGCUUUGGAUGAUUCCGACCGAGCUCCCCGGCAGCACUGGGAUGAACCAUGCGGGGAUUUCGGGGGAGCCCUCUCCGCUCUCUCCGAGUCCCAGCAUUGGUAGGAAGCGGCUGAGCGUGGGGGAGCUGCGGCUGUACUUCGAGGCUCGCUGCUCGGCGGACAGAGACGGCCAGCGGGAGCCCCGCCGCAGGAGGAGGAUGGGCAGCGGCAGCUGGCACCGGAGUAACGGGGACCCGGAGCCCCGGAGAGGGAGCUGGGAGGCUCGGCAGCCGCCGCACGUUAUCCCCCAGCUGACCGUGACCAGCUCCGAGGAGCCGCCGCCUCCCCCCAGCCCCUGUGCGGUGCUCAUCCCGGGCUGGGACGGGCUCAGGACGGACAGCUUCCUGAAACUGGGCAGCAGCAGCCGGCGGCUCUCCGCCUCCACCAACUCGCUCUCCUCCACCGGCUCGUCCUCCGCGAUGGAGGACUCCGAGGACGACCUGCUCAGCGACUCCGAGAGCAAGAGCCAGGGCAACGUGGACCUGGAGCAGAGCGAGGAGCACAGCCAGGUGAGGGGGGGCUCUUAA